CAGCUCCAACCCCUUUGUCUUUUUCUUAUAAAAACUAGAAGCCAAACCAUAUUAGGAACCUUUUGAUAAGCCUAGUGCUCUGCAUUCAUUUUGAGGAUAGAACAAUAGAAGUGAUCAGGACUCGGAUAAAACCAUGGCAUCAGAGGCCAGAAGUGAGAAAUGGCGCGGAUCAGUUGGAGGAAUUGUUGAAGCUCCCAUAGAAAAAGUCUGGUGCAUGGUGUCACAAACCAAAAGACUAGCAGAAUGGAUGCCAAUGGUUGAGCGCUGCACUGAUUUAGCCGGAGAGGAAGGUGUUCCUGGUUAUGUUCGACUAGUCUCGGGAUUCAUGUUCCCCCAAGAAGAUGGAGGAAGGUCAUGGAUCAAAGAGAAGCUGGUGUCCAUAAAUUCUUCACAACAUAUAUAUGUUUACAAAUUGGAGGCAAGCAAUGUAGGCUUAGAUGGGUCUGUCAAUUCAGUCAAGCUUGUAGAUUAUGGAAAUGAUUCGACACUAGUUGAUUGGUCAUAUGAGCUAAACCCCUUACAAGGUAUAUGUGAGGAUAGCAUUAUAGACUAUCUGGGAUUUCUAUACAAAUCUUGUAUUAACAGGAUUGAGGGUGCUAUAGAAGCAUCCAGCAAGGUCUGAUCGAUCAGUAGCAGGGUCACAGUUUAUCUAAUCAAGUACCUGGUAAAGUACUAGUACUACUUUCUGUUACUCUAUCUUAUCUUAAUGGUUAUUACUAUAUGGAAAAUUUGAGUUGUUGCUCCA